AUGGUGAAGUUAACGUUUUCGAGUUGCUUAGUGUCAUCUUGAGUGGCUUGAAGGCCUUUGAAAAUUCUUUGAAACGACAGGCUCGUCCUGGAAGCGAUAACAGUGAAUUGGCUUGGAGAAAGAAAAUAUCAGUCGUUUUGCACCAUUUUUCAAUAUUUUCUUUUCAAAAAUUCAUUCAAAUUUUUUUUGAAUAAAAUAAAUGAUGAUAGCUUUUCAAACCGAGAAACGGGAAACUUUUCAAAAUGCAAAAAAGUGCUCAUUGGCGCGCUAAAUAUGCUCCGAAACCGGAAAAAGUUUUGUUUCGAAAUAAGUUCCCUUAUUUUGUUCGAUGAGCGCGCCUCAAUUUUGCGAAAAUCUUUUUUGGAUUUCAGGAAAGUUUCCGCAAUUAGAAUGAAUUAUGACUUUCUAACAAGUUCGCCUAACUUUGUCCUCGCGUGAUUCUUGUUCUAACCUUUUAAUAAUUUAUCUAUUUUAAGCUGAAUUUUCAGGUUAAAUAACUCAGAAACCAACCGAAAAAAUGGCCCCGAAGAAGCGAAUGGCGACCGCCAACGAGCAGUUCAACAAGAACAUCACCCAGCGCGGCAAGGUCGCCAAGUCUCUGAAGCCCUCGGAGGACAAGUAUCCGGUGGCGCCGUGGCUCAUCGGCCUCUUCGUUUUCGUCGUCGUCGGCUCGGCCAUCUUCGAAAUCAUCCGCUCGGCCCGAAUGUAG